GCGCCGCAGCCCGGAAGCGGGUCCCGCGUGCCACCAUGGCCGCGGCCUUCAGCAGCGAUGGGGAGGCCGCGCUGAGGCGGGAGCUGUGCACGGCCGUGGCCGCGGCACCGCGGAGCGACCUCGACGGCUACUACGAGAUGGGUCGGGCCUCCGCCUUCGUGCGGGAUGGCGGGUUCCGCAAGGUCGCCCUGCAGUUCCCUGACGAGCUCCUGGCAGACGCGGUGCAGGUGGCAGGCGGGCUGGAGGCAGCCACCAGGGCCGAGAUGUUCGUGCUGGGAGACACCACGUACGGCAGCUGCUGCGUGGAUGAAGUGGCUGCCGAGCACGUGGGUGCCGAGGCAGUGCUGCACUACGGCCCGGCCUGCCUCAGCCCCUGCAGGAAGCUCCCGGUGCUGCACAUCUUCGGGCAGCAGCCGCUGGACGUGGGGCGCUGCGCAGAGGCGUUCCGAGAGCUCUACCCUGAGCAGCAGAGCCGUGUGGUGGUGCUCAGCGAUGUGGUGUAUGCCCAUGCGAUGGGCGAGCUGGAGCAGCAAUUGUGCCCCGAGUACCCCAAUGUCAUCUUCUCCAGGCUGGUGUGGGGAGACCCUCCUGGCCCCGCAGUUCCUGGCGAGGAACGGAAGUUUGGUCGCCAGUUCCUGGUGGAAGCUGCAGGAGGGCUUCAGGACUAUGCCAUGUUCUACGUGGGAGCUGAGGGCCUCGCCCUCACCAGCUUCAUGCUGACCUGGAACCGCUGUCCUUUCAGCUCCUUCAAUCCCACCACCGGCUGCGGCCGCCGCGAGACCCUCAAUGUCAACCGGGCCCUGAUGCGGCGGCUGUACCUGGUGGAGCGUGCCCGGGAUGCCAGCGUGGUGGGCAUCCUGGUGGGCACCCUCGGCGUGGCGGGCUACCUGACCGUGCUGCAGCACCUCCGGGAGCUGCUGGCCCGGGCCGGCAAGCGCAGCUACACGCUGGCCGUGGGGAAGCCCAACCCCGCCAAGCUGGCCAACUUCCCGGAGGUGGAUGUCUUUGUCCUGGUGGCCUGUGCUCAGAACUCCCUCCUGGACUCCAGUGACUUCUACAGACCUGUUGUGACCCCCUAUGAGCUGGAGCUGGCCUGCAACCCAGCCCGUGAGUGGAUGGGGAACUACCUCACAGACUUCCGAGACCUGCUGCCAGGUGCCUGUGCUCAUGUUGAGCUCCCCCCGGCUGUUCCCGCAGAGGAGGCAGUUCCCGAUGUCUCGCUCAUCUCAGGGAAGAUGCGAGCUGCCCACCUCUGUGACCCCCCCUCCUCUCAGCUGCCCCCCAGCGCUGCCCUGGCCUGCAGGGACCAGACACGGGCGCUGGCAGAGAUCAGCCCCGCAGCCUCCUUCCUGGAGUCCCGCAGCUGGCGGGGCCUGGAGCAGCAGCUGGGACAGACCCCGGUGUCCAAGGCGGUGCAGGGCCGGCGAGGGAUUGCCAUUGCCUAUGAGGACGAAGGGUGUGAGCAACGCUGAUUCAGCAGCACUGGCACCCAGCCAGGAGUGGGGCUGUGUGGGCCCUGCUGUUGCCUCCCACUGGGUGCACUGCCGGCACCUUGCUGGAUGCAGCCUUAGGUCAGUAAUACUGCAGUGGGAGAGCAGGAGCUGCAUGUGUGUUCAGGAAUGCCUGUGGCACCCUGAGGCUCAUGGCCAGGGCAGCAGCAGGGCCAGGAGAGACAGGCACUUGGCCCAGAGCCAGUCUCCAGGGCUCCUUCAUCCAGGGCAGCUUUGUCCCUACAUGGAAAGGUCACGACUUUGCAAGAGCUGACAGUGCUGGGACUUGAGGCUUUUGUGGACUACUGCUGCUAACUAAAGCUGAAGAGGAUUUGUGAAUGAACUGGUUUUUAGAAUAAAACAUGGGCUGAGGA